AUGUCCUCGUUGUGUUCGGAGAGUGGUUCGGAAGAGUCUUUAUUGACUGAGAGGGAGAAAAAGCAGUGUGAGGAAUAUGGGAGAGAGGUGGCCGCUAUUGUGAUGCAGAUGAAUCACAUUCCAGAAAUGUAUAGGGAUAGGGAUUACUGUAGGUGUGUGGUGGAUUUAAGACAAUUGUAUAAAAAGUUUGAAAGUAGGAUUGCUUCAUGGCCCGAUGAUAAACGACGAGAAGCCAAUGAAAUUGUUGCUGAAUUUGUUGGUAAUACCGAUCUUGGGGCAGUGGUUGAUACAGCAGAGCGUGCUCUUGCAGGCGCUAAUGGGAAUACUGGUUCAGGCGGUUCGUCGGGUAAUAACGGUGGUAUUUCUUCUUUUUUUGCUGCAUUUUGGGAAUUUGUGAAGGAAAAUCCUAAAGUGGUUGGUGCAGUGGCAUUGAUAUUGCUAGGGGGCGGCAUGUGUAUUUACUGGAGGUGUGAAAUUGUCGGAUUUCUUUGGCGACUGCCGAAGGGCACUUUUGGUUUACUAAAGGAGUUUUGUGUAUCCCUGGUGGAACGUGUGAGUUCCCUUUCACUACGUGACCUUCGUAUUCUUGUUUUGAGAGAGCUGAAGACCAUUUUUGGAUUACCAGAGAUUACUGAACCCCUGGUGGAAUGUGUGAAUUCCCUUUCAGGACCUUUACUUUUGCUUCUUCUUUUGCUGUUGGGUUCCUGGCCUCGGAAUAAAAACUGA